CUAAAGCAAGCGCUAGCAAUGGUAAACGAUUACAAUGUACUGAUGAAGGAUUUGCCACUGAACGAACUGAUGGCUGCAACUGAUAUGGAUGGCAUCAGGAAUGCCCUGGCAAACAUAUUUACACAUAUGAGGAAGCUACGCAACACGAAAUAUCCAACCGGUCGCGCACUGCGUUUCGUAGAGGCCAUCUCGAAAGAUGUUUUCACUCAAAUGCUGAAGGUUCUUGGUACACGCAGGUUGAUGAACAUUCCAAUGGCCGAUUUUGAUAAUUUAAUGACACAAUGUUUUGCGGUUUUCUCAACUUGGAACGAUGAAUAUGAUAAAUUAGCGACGUUGAUGCGUGAACUGUCCAAGAAGAAGCGCGACGAGCAGCUGAAGUUAACCUGGCGUCUCAAUCCCCGCCAUAAAAAAUUGGAAAAUCGUUUGGAUCAAAUGCGAGUGUUCCGACGGUAA